AUGGCAGUCGUGGACAGUGAGUGCAAGUAUGUACUCAUUGAUGUGGGCGCCGAAGGUCGGAUGAGUGAUGGUGGGACAUUCAAGAACUCUGACUUUGGCCAUGCCCUCAGUCAUGGCCAACUUGACAUCCCCUCGCUUGGCUGUCUACCGGGCACGUCAACAAACGCUCCAUAUGCCUUUGUUGGGGACGAGGCUUUCCAGUUGAGGAAGGAUUUCAUGCGACCAUUCCCAGCCAGGCACCUCAACGACAACAAACGGAUCUUCAAUUACAGCGUCAGCCGGGCAAGGCGCAGUGUAGAAAAUGCCUUUGGCAUUACUGCUGCCAGGUGGAGAGUACUGUUGCGCACCAUGAACCUGCAGCCGGAGAAUGUUGAUUUUGUUGUGAAAGCUGCCUGUGUGCUUCACAACUUCCUAACCAUCUAUAACCCCCAGGCCCACAAAUUCCCAGAUAGGGAAGAUAGCUUUGGGAAUGUUGUUGCAGGACACUGGCGGCAAAGCAUGCAAAGUACAGCAGGCAACGGUUUUUUUCCUAUUGGAGCAACGCACUCAAGGAACCACCAUGUUGAUGCAGCUGCUGCCAGGGACCUGUUCACUGCCUACUUCUGCAGCAGUGCUGGCCAGGUGCCUUGGCAGUGGCACCAAACAGGAGUGUCCAAGGAAGCAGCUCUUAACUGCACGAGAUAGCAGCAGCAAAACAUACUGACUGUAUGUUGCGUGCUGCUGGUGGUGCAUGCUGAAUGGUGCAUUUCGUGUUCCUUCCCUGGCUAUUCCGGUGCCUCCUUCGCAUGUCGUUAUGUCAACAGGGUGCUCCAGGUGACACCAGCAGG